AUGACGGGGAGAUCUGGCUCCAGCUUUUUGUAUGCGUGGAAGGGAGUCUUGUGUGCGUGCUUGCCGGGAAGUGAAACCUGCAAGGGGAAAGAAAUGAGCCGUCAGACUGCUACAGCACUGCCUACAGGUACUUCAAAGUGUACGCCAUCACAGAGGGUGCCUGCACUGACUGGCACUACAGCUUCCAAUAAUGACUUGGCUAGUCUCUUUGAGUGUCCUGUGUGUUUUGACUAUGUGCUGCCACCAAUUCUUCAGUGUCAGAGUGGCCAUCUUGUUUGCAGCAACUGUCGCCCCAAACUUACGUGCUGUCCAACCUGCCGAGGCCCGCUGGGCUCCAUUCGUAACCUGGCUAUGGAGAAAGUUGCCAAUUCUGUACUAUUCCCAUGUAAAUAUGCCUCUUCCGGAUGUGAGAUAACUUUGCCACACACAGAAAAAGCAGACCAUGAGGAGCUAUGUGAGUUCAGGCCUUACUCCUGUCCGUGUCCCGGUGCUUCAUGUAAAUGGCAAGGUUCUCUGGAUGCUGUAAUGCCACAUCUGAUGCAUCAACAUAAGUCAAUUACAACACUUCAGGGAGAAGAUAUAGUGUUCCUUGCUACAGACAUUAAUCUUCCUGGUGCUGUUGACUGGGUUAUGAUGCAGUCUUGUUUUGGCUUUCAUUUCAUGUUAGUAUUGGAGAAACAGGAAAAAUAUGAUGGUCACCAGCAGUUCUUUGCAAUUGUACAGCUGAUAGGAACACGCAAGCAAGCUGAAAACUUUGCUUAUCGACUUGAGUUAAAUGGUCAUAGGCGGCGAUUGACUUGGGAAGCAACUCCUCGAUCUAUUCAUGAGGGAAUUGCAACAGCCAUUAUGAAUAGUGACUGUCUAGUCUUUGACACCAGCAUCGCACAGCUCUUUGCAGAAAAUGGCAAUUUAGGCAUCAAUGUAACUAUAUCCAUGUGUUGAAAUGGCAAUCAAACCUCUUCAGGCCAGUGUUGAAACCCUUGCAUUUAAUUUAGCAGAAACUAGGGUAACCAUCUUUGACUGUCAGACAAAUUACUUGGUAGACAGAGGGUAGACAUAUGAAGGUAAACAAAAGGAAAGGCUGUUAAAUUACAGGAAGCAGUUGCAUGUAGUAACACUAAUAUAUUUAAAAAGUCAUCAGUAAACCACUGAAAAUAUAUAUACACCCAAAAUGGGCAUCUUUUGUAUUAAGAAUUGAUUCUACAGGAAACGUUGUAAAAUAAUUCUAAAAACUUGUUUGUAGAUUGAUUGUACUGUUGAAAAGGAUACUGUUUCGUGUUUUUGUUUGUGUUUUUCUUUUUCCUUUCCCUUUUGACUGACAAGCCAUGUUGAGCGGUCUGGUCUCUGGCCACUGCUUCCCCUCCUCCCCCACCCAUUUCCCCCUUUGUAAGUCACUACAUAGUAUUGCUGCUGUUUGUGUAUAUUUUUUG